AUGAGAUCACCAAAAACCUCUACUGUGACGACAGCCAUUGCUCUUCUAGCAGGUGCUAGUCAGCAUGUACAAGCAUUUACUCCCAUCAUGCCUCAAGUACAAAGACGACAGCAGUCCCUUUCUUCAGGAUUUCGACCACUCUCAAUGCCUGAUGCGAAACCCGUCGUUCUGAUGGCCAACAAUGAUCAAGGAGAAGAAGUGGAGAUUGUCAGACAAGAUGCUCACCGCGAGCCCUACAAUCCCAAACCUGUUCUCCUCUCCUUCCUCGAGAACAUGAACGACGACAAGGGUUCCAAAAUGAAAAUGGCAACCGCUGCCAUGGUUCUGGCCUUGUCAUUCAUGCCACUCGACGCGAAUGCUGCCAUGAGUGGAGGUCGUAUGGGGGGUUCCUUUUCUUCCUCGCCAUCUCGACCAAGCAUGAGCAGAAGCGCUCCGUCUUCCUACAGCCGAGGGUAUUCAAGAGGUUACACAGGAGGAUAUUAUUCUCGACCAAGUACGACCAUUAUCACACCAGGUUUUGGCUACAAUCCUUUCUACAGUCCGGUGAUGCCAUAUUAUGGAAGUCCUGGGGUUAUAGGCUAUUCUCGUGGCCCAAAUUUCUUUGAUAUCGCCUUCUUUGGAGCCUUUCUCUUUAUAGCAACAAACGCUAUCAGUAAGGCAGGCAAUACCUUAACUGGCGGCGGUGCGACUUCAACAUUUUCUGACGUCUUUGACUCGGCCACCUCAUCCGUACUGGGACCUGGUUCCUCGGUGGUACAACUUAGUGUAGCACUGGAGGUUCCAAACCGCGACGACAAGAAUUCCAUUCUGGGUGUGCUGGACCGAUUGGCCCAAAGCUCCAAGACCGAUAGUCGAAUUGGCAUUCAGAACCUUACCAGUCAGGUUGCCUUGGAGCUGCUGCGCCGUCGUACUUCCAUCUCAUCGGCCAGCUCCUCUUACAAGCAUUACCGAGAUGGGCAAAAGGCUAGCAGAGACUUUCAGUCCAAGUCGGUCCAAGAACGUAGCAAAUUCGAGAGGGAAUCUGUUAGCAAAUUUGGAGGUGUCGACUACAGUCUAUCUUCCAAGAGUAGUGGUAGUGGAGUUGACGGUAAAGCGACCAUGGCGGUAGUCACGCUGAUUCUAAACAUUGACGGAGAUUCUACCAAGAUUCCCAAGAUCAAUUCGCUUUCAGAUGUGGAGGAAGCGCUACGUAAGAUUGCUUCCGAUGCAAAGGUUGACAACUGUUUGCAGAGUGCUGAGAUUUUGUGGACACCAGAAGAUAGAAGUGAAUCGUUGUCGCUAGGUGAUGUUGUCGCCGACUAUCCAGAGCUUCGAUCAGUCUAA